AUGAACGUUGGUAGCAUUCUAUUUGCCAUCGCCAUUCUACCCUCGUUUGCACUUGCAACAUCCACUUGUGUAGGCAGACUUUCCUUCCUGGUGUCCUGGUUGACUGACUCCUGUGCAGUGUCAGGCUUUGACGAGCAUCCUAGGCCCCAGGCGACGUCCGCUGAGGACGUUUCCAAAGCGCUGCGAGUUCUUGUUCCCAAGGCCUGCAAGUUUGCUGUUCGCAGUGGUGGCCAUGGAGCAAUUGCCGGGAUUGCCAACAUCCAAGACGGGGUGACGAUUGACCUUAGUGCUUUGAACUGGGUUAUUCCCUCCGCAGACAGAAGCCUCGUGUCAGUCGGGCCGGGACAGCGAUGGGGAAGGGUGUAUGCAGCCCUGGACAGACUCGGACUGUCGGUACCAGGAGGGAGAGAUAGUCCUGUUGGAGUCGGGGGGACUACUUUGGGUGGCGGCUUCGGCUACUUUGCUACGGAAGCUGGUUUCGCCUGCGACAGCGUUGUCGAGUUUCAGGUGGUCCUCGCAAAUGGCAGGAUUGUCAACGCGACAAAGGACAAUGAGCAUGAUCUGUGGCUUGCUCUGAAAGGAGGAGCAAAUAAUUUCGGCAUUGUGACAAACUUCAUCUUCAGAACCUUUCCGCUCGGACGGGUAUGGGGAGGACACAUCUACUACCCCGUGAGCACACUUGACCAACAGCUGGACGCAUUCUAUCGCUUCACAUCCGAUCCGAACUACGAUGUCAAGGCCGGGCUCAUUCACAACUUUGCAUUCACCCCAGCCACGGGUCCUUUGCUCACCAAUCUAUUAGCUUACGCCAGUCCAGAGGAGAACCCAGCGCCUUUCAGAUCAUUCACCUCGAUCCAGCCGCAAAUCAUGGCCAGCACGAAAGUAAUGACACUUGAAGCUCUCGCAGAAGAGGGAGGCUCGCUGUCCCCGAACUCUCGCCAACAACUCACAUUCGCAGUCACCUUUGAGAACAAUCUGGACCUGCUGACGCAAGUCUUUGACAUAUGGAAUGCAAGCACCGCCGACGUAUCAGCCAUCCCCAGCAUCCAGUGGUCCCUUAGCAUUGAGCCAAUCGUCCCUGCUAUAGCACACCAAAGUGCUAUCAAAGGCGGAAAUGUUCUGGGACUCGAUGUGCCCCGACAAGGUCUCGUCCUGGCACUGUUAUCUGCUACAUUCAACCAUUCGCAGGAGUAUCCCAUUGUCCGCGCGGCGGCUGAGAAGCUCUCGAACAAUAUCAUCAGCGCCGCAAAGGCAGCUUGUGCCUAUAAUCCGUAUAUUGACCUCAACCAUGCUGCGCCCUGGCAGGACCCUAUAGCGAGCUAUGGGGAUAGAAUACAAGCAUUUUUGAGGCAGACUGCGGGAAAGUAUGAUCCCCAAGGGGUUUUCCAACGUCUCUGUCCGGGGGGGUUCAAAGUCAAUUGA